AUGGGCUGUUCCCAGUCACAGGUAUGCAGAAUUGCUGGCAAACGAGAGGAUAUUCGCACACGAUACGAGUGUAAUAAAACGAACCCCGAACGAAAACGGCUACGAUCUGGCAAAGCAGAGGAUGUGGAGGGCGCCUUGUCAGAAUGGUUCGAUAGUGCCAGGUCCAGAGAUAUCCCUGUGUCCGGUCCCAUUCUCGCAGAAAAAGCAAAGGAUUUGGCGAAACAUCUCCAUAAAGAAGACUUUAACCCCACCAACGGAUGGCUUAGUAGAUGGAAAGAAAGACAUAACAUCGUCUACAAACGACUGCAUGGAGAAAAGAAAGAUGCAGACCUGGUAGCAGCAGACAAGUGGACACAGACCGUUCUCCCAGAUAUACUAAAGACAUACGAAGCAGACGACAUCUACAACGCUGACGAAACUGGACUGUACUACCGAGCAUUACCUGACGGAACAUUAACUGUAAAAUCGGAGACAGUGAGUGGGAGCAAAAGGCGAUGGACAGGGUGA